GGACGUUUUGGGUCGACCGGGACGUUUGGAUUCAUCCGACCUCAUUUUGGACGUCGCAAUCAGAAAAUCUCGACGAUCCUCACACUUUUUCUUCCAGUAAGCUGCAUUUUAAAAUAAUUCAAUCAGUGAGAGCGGGUCCCAUCCAUCGAAGAAUUCCGGAAGAGCCGCACGCAUCGUUAGUGUCAGAUCCAGCUUCUUCUUCGCUUUCUCCAUGCUGAAUUUGCAGCCGCGUAAAUAUCUCAACAGGAAUUUGGCGUCUUAAAAUGUGUGGGGGUCAAUCGCCAACUACGCAGCCAGCCUUAUUUCUAUGGAAAGCAUUAGGCCCACCAAGAAUAAGUCAAAGAAGAAUUUUUCACAGAAUAGAACUUGAUUUCAGUAACAAAGGAAUAAAAAUCAUGUGAACAUAUAUAAGAAGAAUUUUUCCUUGUGCCAAACCACUGGAGCCUCAGCAACGCGACAAGAAUCAUCUACCACAAUUAGUACCUUAAACAACAUGAAAUUGGCGUUGAUCUUCUUGUCGGCCCUUGUGGUCAUCUCUCACCAACAAUUCUAUCAGCAGCGCCCGGCCAGAGGAAUGCUUUGGUGGUUGCCUUAUUCGCCUCAGCGCCUUCUCAACAGUUACCAGCAACCGCUGUACAACGACCAUCUCCAACAAGAUGAGCUUCCAUUUCAGCGUCAGUUGACGUCACCAACUGAAUCCGUCAACUAUGUGCAGAAUGGAGAAUUAUUUAAUGGCGAAACUGACGGGAAUCAAGAUUACGUCGAAGACGAUGGACAAAAUGAAUAUGCGGACAUCCAAUCCAGGAAUGGAGGAUUCCCAAGAGUCAGCAGUAGUUUCGGCGGCUUCAGUUCCUACCGGCGGCCCUCAUUUUAUAACAUCCGUCCAGAUGGAAAAUUCUUCUUCAACAUUGGCAACACCAAUGGAAAUCGCUUGAUAAAAACGGCAACAUUCCAGCUGACGUCAACUUUGACUCUUACCACUAUCAUUCGCUGCGUUCCUUCAAUCCAAUUCGCCGUCAGUCCACCACCUUCUUGUCGCCGCAAGAGAAAUGUGAUGGACGAUUCUGAAGACGAUCAGUUUGUCAUUGCCCCAUCGGAAAUUCUCGAGUUGACACCAACAGCCUUACCUGGUCGCCAGGCUCGAGAAACACUCCAAACUAUAGACCAGACUAAUUCUGAAAGCUUAAUCUCUUCUCAGAAUGAAGUUCCCUCCGUUUCCCAAAUGUCUAAAGCGGAUCAAUUCAUGGCCAACUUGAGAGACAAGCGAUUCUUCUUGAACAGGAACAGCUUUUUUACGUCGACAACACUCACCAGUUAUUCCUUUAUUUCGACAAUCAUCACCCAAACUGUUACGCUGGGUCCAGGAACCGCUGCCGUCCCCGUUGGCCCUAAUGGUAUGCCAGCGGCUGUAGUUGCCGUGCCCGGCGUUCUUAAAUGUUUACCAGCAGGCUAUUUUGUUUGUUGAUUGAUGCACCAACAGAUUUUCAAACUCAAUUUAUUCAAGUUUACUCAUCUUUAUAGCAUAUGCAUGAUACAGUACCUUUACUAUAUUAUCGACAUAAUGUUGGUUCGCAUGCGGAAGGAUCAUAUUUUAAAAUACAUUAUAACUAAAGCAUA